AAAUAUCUAACCGGUUCGACCCAUUCUCCAUCCAGUUGCGGAGGGGGACGGAGCACAGAGAACAGAAGAGAAUCGAUGGCUCGCAGCUUUUCGUACAUAACGGGAUCGCAGCUCCUGUCUCUCAAGCGUCGUCCCAAUAUUGCCAUUAUUGAUGUCAGGGAUGAUGAGAGGAGUUACGAUGGUCAUAUAGCUGGAUCCCUGCACUACGCGAGCGAUACUUUCACUGAUAAGAUCUCGAGUCUAAUUCAAGAGGUCAAAGGGAAAGACACCCUUGUGUUUCAUUGCGCUCUAAGCCAGGUUCGUGGCCCAACUUGUGCACGGAGGUUAGCCAGUUAUCUUGAAGAAUUAAAGGAUGAUACUGGAGUGAGGAGCAUUUUAGUUUUGGAACGUGGAUUCAAUGGCUGGGAGGCUUCUGGUAGACCAGUUUGUCGUUGCACAAAUACCCCUUGUAAGGCUGAGAUUGCUUAGUAGUUGAUCAAAAGAAAAGUCACGGUGAAGACGACAUUAUAAGCUCUCCUUACAGAGUCUAUGUUGUAAUAACAUUUAUACAUAUUGUUUGCUUGUUUUCUAGUUAUUCCAUGCUCUUUAGCUACAA